CGGAUCACCAAAGAAAAUGUGAUUCCAUCAAAAAGGAGACUGGGGAAGCUUGCGUCUCAGGAUGACAGAUGGCAGGAGCCACUGCGGCAAGAUGCUGACGUGGGCGAGAUCAUUCUCUGACCCCUUGGCAUGCUCUUCGACACUCCGUACUUCCCGCCACAUUGAGUGUGAAUCAAGAGCAAGGAUAGGGCUUGAGCUCGCAGAAGUUGUCAACAGAAGACCCUUGAGGGCCUUGAUCACUCAGGCGGCGCCUAGGUGCAGUCGCCAAGGUGACCCUGGAUUUCCCGUGCGAGGACGGGACGGGACAUGCUCGGGAAAACCGAUGGAAUAGGGAAAUGGAUGUAGGGAGGAGCUUAAGCGAGUGGAAC